AUGACUCACUCAGCUAUCGUGACCUACGGGUCCGAAACGGGCAAUGCAGAAGAGAUUGCGGCGCAGCUGAGCCAGCUGACCCGUCGAUUGCGCAUUUGGACCACCAUCAAGCCAUUGAACGCACUUAAACCCCAGGAGCUCGAAAGCGCCACCGUCGUGCUCAUAGUAAUCUCUACCACCGGGCAAGGAGACUUGCCGAGGAAUGCACAGGCUCUCUUUAAGCAGUUGAGGAGUAAAAGACUACCAGCUGAUUUCUUGAAAAAUGUCACUUUUGCUUCAUUUGGAUUAGGAGAUAGUUCGUACACACAGUUCAAUUAUGCUCACCGCAAGCUCAAGAACCGUUUAGAACAGCUUGGGGCGCAACGCCUGAUUGAUGCUGGCGAAGGAGACGAGCAGCACCCGGAAGGUGUCGAUGCUACUUUUAUACCAUGGGUGGAAACUCUCCGUAAGAAGUUGCUGGAGUUGUGUCCGCCUUCCGCUGGCCAGGAACCGGUUCCGGAAGAUGUCUUUAUAAAGCCAAGAUGGUUUCUCCAGCUUAAAGACGAGGAGCCCAGCUCUAGUGACAACCAGGAAUCAGCGACGCUGACUCUCGAUGAUUAUGGACGUUUGGACCAUGCGCAUGUUUCCCAGGAGCCAGACCAUGAACCCGCCGAAAUCGUUUCUAACCAGCGUGUCACACCUGAUGACCAUUGGCAAGACGUACGUCAACUCGAGAUCAAGGUGGCACGGCAAAUCGAACGUAAAGACCCAGCCGGCAACGUUCUAGAAAAAUCACGCGUAGAUUAUAACCCUGGCGACAUUGCCGAGAUCUAUCCCAAGAACUUUCCUUCAGAUGUUGAAGAGUUCAUAUCUCUCCAAGGGUACAAAGACAUUUGCCAUAAGCCACUGGAUCUCAAAUACGACUAUGAGCAGUUUGACUGCGAGCCUCUGCGAGAGCAUCCACUGGAAAGUGCACCCUUCCAUCCCACCAUCUUCGGCCUCCUCGUCAACCACCUGGACCUGAUGUCCGUACCGCGUCGCUCAUUCUUCGCCCUCAUCGCGCACUUCGCCUCGGACUCCACGCAGAAAGAACGGCUCCUCGAGUUUGCUUGUCCCACCGACCCCGAAGUCCUCCAAGACUACUUCGACUACACGACACGCCCCCGCCGCAGCAUCCUCGAAGUGCUGCAAGAAUUUACCAGCGUGAAGAUCCCCUACCAAUACCUCCUCGGCAUCAUCCCCCCAAUCAAACCCCGACAAUUCAGCAUCGCCAGCGCCGACAGCACCAAGCUCGACGCCGAAAGCAAGGUCGCCACCGUCACGCUCCUCAUCGCCAUCGUCAAAUACCGCACCGUGAUCAAGCGCAUCCGACACGGCGUCUGCUCGCGCUACCUCAGCGACCUCCAGCCCGGCCAGCUCCUGCGCAUGCAGAUCCUCAAGGGCGCAAUGCGCGUGACAGACGACGACCUGCGCGCGCCAAGCAUUCUGAUCGGGCCAGGCACGGGCAUCGCGCCGCUGCGCUCCAUCAUUCAGGGCAAGGAGCUGCUGCACGCGGCCUCGCAGCCCCCGGCGCAGCAAAACGGCACGCACGAGCAAGACGGCGACGAUACUGCCGCCGCCGCCCGUCUGCUCGACUCCACGCUCCUGGUCUUCGGCGCCCGCUCGGCCCGCGCGGACUUCUAUUUCCAGGACGAAUGGGCAGACAAAGUUGAGGCGGAGGGCUUGCAUCUCGCCACCGCGUUCAGUCGCGACCAGCGCCAGAAAAUCUAUGUCCAGGACCGGGUGCGUGAGCAGGGGAAGCUGAUUCUGGAGCUGCUGAAGAUGGGCGGGCGGGUGUAUCUCUGUGGCGCGAGUGGGAAGAUGCCCGAGGCUGUGAGGGCGGCGAUUGUGGAUGUUUUGGUUGGGGAGGGGGGUAUGGAGAGGGAGCGCGCGGAGGAGGUGUUGAAGGGGUGGGUUAGGGGUGGGAGGGUCCAGCAAGAGACGUGGUAGAUGUGUGGGUGGGAGUGGGGAGAGGGGUGUCGGUUAGGUUAUGUGUUGUUUCCUAGAGAUUUGGUGUAGAGUUUGAAAUAUUUGUCUAUAUAUAGGGUCUUCAUACUCGAGAACAGUAAUCCGUCAAGCUUGUCCAGC